AUGAGUGGAGGGCAGGACACCGACAUGCAAGAUCAAGCAGCACCCGGCUCAUCACCGCCAUGGCCACUCCGGAUCUCAGAUAAGGAAAAGCAGGUCCUGGAUCUCUACGACCGGCUCCGGAACUUGCAGCUUGAGAUCGCUCUGGUGAGGGCUCAACAGGCGCAUAAACCAGUCGCAUCCGGCAAUCCAACAGAGGAAGAGAUCAAAGCCGCGCAGGACGAUGUUCUAGAAGCUGGCGCAGCGCGUAUCCUGAAGAAUGAUGUCGUCGAGAGCAUUUACACGGUCAACCCUAUCCUGAGGGCGGUCCACGGCGCCACACGUGCCUCGCUCAUCGAGCAGCAAGUUCCCCAUAGAGAUGAGACGUCCAUUGCCGUUGCCAAGCAGGCAUCUGAAGUCCGCAAGGUCCUGGAUCAGCUCAUCGACAUAGAAGCCGAAGCGCUGCGUCUCAGCCGCCGCAACGCCGAGCUGGCAGCACAGGUCGUCCGGCUCGCUGUCGAGGCCGACAGGGAGAAGGCCAUGGCCGAUGAGGACACGCAAACAGCCCAGCAGAUCCGCCGUCUGGAAGACGACAAGAGGGCGAGCCGGCGCAAGUGGCAGGUCAUGAAGGGAACCUCUAGCGCCAUCGUAGCGGGAAGCGGCGUGGACUGGGCUGGCGACGAGCACCUCCGCGACAUGGUACUUGAUCCCGAAUGA